CUUUAACAACUAAUGUCCCACAAUCACAGAUUUUGUCAAGUUGGUUGACAAAUUUCGAAAGUUAAAGUUUGUGGGGCCUACUCCAUCGGUGUGAAGACCAUCAGUUUUAUACUUACCUGCCUAUUUAAUUACUUAAAAAUGCCGAAAAAACCGCCAAGAAAUGCAUUCUACUUCUUCAUGCAAGAUUUCAGAAAGCAGCAGCGGGAGAAAGGAAUUAACUACGAAACGUUGGCGGAGGUUUCAAAAGAUGCUGAUCCUGCUUGGAGGAAUGCACCAGCUCCAGUAAGAGCAAAAUAUGAUAAUAUGGCAAGAACUUUGAAAAACAACCGUGGCAUUCCACUAGCAAAGUUUACAUCAACUGGUAUUCCGCUGGCUGCUAUUCAGCAACAACAACAAGAUCUGCAGGAUGCCAUCCAGUAUGAGAUACAGGAUAUCACUAACAUGAUCAAAACCAAGGUUAUCAAUCACAAAAUCACAGAAGAGGACUUUUACAUUAUGGACGUCAACUCAUACUGCAAAGCAUCGGACCAUUAUGUGAUUGGUGAAUUUACCGUACUGCGCUUCAAUUUGAGAUAUGGCUUUAAGGAUUUCUACCAUGAAAUGGUAAAUCCAGGUCGCAUACCAGUCGGCUACGCGUCUGACGUCAAGAUCGGAAGUCAAGAGUUAGGUCUGAAGAUGCCAGAUGAUGAGCACGACAAGAGCAACUGCCUGCAGAUCCUAGCCAACAUCAUAGAUUACUUAAAACAGGAGGAUAACAAUGUCAAGUCCCUGCCGCCAUUGUUCACUAUGCCGGACAAGGUGGCGCAGGUACAGGACUUCAUUCUGCAGAUGUGUACCAAAGCUGGCGAGGAUGAGUUCCUGUUCCGCGUGUACAAACUGGACACAAUGUUCUUCCAACUUAUCAAUCAGAUCCGUACUCACAAAAAUGAAGGUUUUCCCAAAGAGUCGCUGGCGCUGGUCCAGCUGAAGAAGGAUCCUUUUAAGUACACCCCUGGACUCGCUUGCGAGUACCACGAGGAGAGCGACAAGGCGGUGGAGUGCUCGCUGGCGCGCUGCAAGCGCUGGGCCUACACGGUGCUGGACAGCUGCUGCCCCGCCGCCGGCCUGCGCGCCGCGCCCGGCUCGCACGUGCCCCUCGACUACGACGUCGAGUCCAUCCUAAAAUACAAAGACAUGAAGUCAUCAAACGCUGCUUAUACGGUGAUCCAUGAUUCAUUCAGCACUACUGGCAAUGAGUCGAUGUUUGAGAGGAGUGCCACUGGCUCCAAUGUCGGGGAGAGUAGCUAUGGAUCUGAACGUAAAGAGAAACGCACUUAUGCUCCACUCCGUAUGCCACAAACUGAUUAUUCUAAAAGCAUGCGCCCGGCUCCAGAGUUGACAGAUGAAGACCAUUUUCCGUCGCUAGGUGGCGCUGGCCGAGGCCGUGGCCUUUCCAGAAGCUUCGGUAAGAUGAACAUAGGCAAAUAAAUCAUUUUUUGUAAUCUUACUGCAAGAAAAUUGACUCAAUCUCA